GGAAAGGGAGGUGGUGGUGGUGGGAUGGGUAAAGGACAAAACAGGUCUGGGAUUUUGGUAGGACUAGAGAGAGAGAGAAGGUAGAGUAGUAGCUAGCCAUUGUUAGAGCUUGAGAAACAAUGUGGAGAAUGGAGAGCUGGGAAGAGAUGGAGGAAGAUGGCUCAGAGUGUAGUAGUGGGUGUCAAUCUGGAUGGACUAUGUACUUGGACCAGUCUUAUGAGAAACACCACCUUCUUCCUUUUGGAAAAGCUGGAACUCAGCUUGAACAUGAAGAUGAAGGUGAAGAUGAAGAUGAUGAUGAAGAAGAGGAGGAGGAAGAGGAGGACCUUUCUAUGGUCUCUGAUGCAUCUUCUGGUCCUCCUCAUCUACAUGAAGAGGAUUACCAUCAUUGCUGUUGUUGUAGUAGUUCUUUAAUGGUUGAUAAGAGUGGUGGUAAGAGGAAGAGAGUUGGAGAGAAGAAGCACCAAGAGUUAAACAAGCAUGAGGACUUCUCUUCCUUUCUUGAUGAUACUGCUAGUUCUCCUCUGUUAAGCUUCCCAGAGAGUGGCUUCAAUGGCAGCAUUAGCAGAAGCAUUAAUCCACCAGCCAUUGAUGGUGUUUUGGAGUUCUCUUCUUGUUUCUCUGCAACUCAUUUCAAGUUAUGAAGAUUAGAGGAAGAAGAAGAAGAGCAGAAGGGAUCUUUUUUAGAACUUGUUCUUUGUUUUGUAGUUUUUAUUUUUUCCUCUGUGAAUGCAGUGGGAAACAACAUGAGCAAAGAGAAGAAGAAAUAAAUUUGUUAUUUUUUUUUCAA